AUGCGCCAAACUGUAACAAAACUAGCUCAAUCAUACACUCCAAUGAUUAAGUUCCUUGGAAAACACCCUGUGACAAAACACCCCAUUGAAAUACUUCCACAUCCAUGCACUGUCAAUGGUCUGGUGCCCGGUGGUGAAGGUUGUUUAAAUCCUGCGGAAUAUUUAAAGAACUCGAAACCGUUUGUAGUGGUCCCUUACAAGAAACAACAUGCUUCGAAAACUACCGCUGAUGGAGCCAUUUCUUUCACCGAUAGACCAUUACAAAAUAAUGAAGUUAGUUCAAUAGCAGAAUUACCUGCUAAAUACAGAUUUAAACCAAUUGAAGAAAAAGAGCUAGAGUGUAUCAACAGUGGAGGUGUCAUGUAA